AUGUCUCGCGUUACCGCUCCCGUCGCAAAGCUUUCUCGCGCCCUCAGCUCAUCAGCCGCCCGCGCCGCAAACCCGCUGCUCGACGCUUCCACUUACAAUGCCGGCGCCGUGCUGAUGCCAAAGUACGCCGAGCUGCUGCGCAACCGAAGAAGCACCAUUGAGCUGUCCGAGUCUCGAACCCUCACCACAACCCACCGCCCGACUCCCCAGCCCUCCAUCGCCAACCGCGCAAAGCCUCUCAUGCAGACCUUCUCCAGCUCUGCCUCAUCCGCAACUCCCUCCUCCCACCUCGACGCCGCCGUCCUCCCCGGCCUCGCCAGCCUCUCCUCGUCAACUUCCUUCGCGGAUGUUCUCCCUCGCAUGCCUCUGCUCCCGGACAACUACGCCGCCGCGCAUCCCGCCCCGGCUGCUGACUUGCCCGUCUCCAUUGCCAGCUCGUCCAUUGUCGCAGUCAACCCCGACACGGUCCUCCCCGCGACGCCGCUGUCUUCAUUAAGUGGUGUUUUGGACACCAUUGAGCUCAAGUUUGUGCAUGAGGAGCCUGCUGCCGUGGCGCAGGACGAGGGCCAGAGCCAGGGCAUGAUUCGGGAUCUGUGGAAGGGUAUGGUUGAGGAUGUUUUCGGGUCAAAUCAACCGAUUCGCAAAUCAAACUGA